UUAUAUGGUAUACAAUAAGAAGUUUAUUUGGUCUGUAGUCGAAUUUGCGGAGAAUUUCGAAGAAUCGACUGCAGUAGAAGUCGUCCCGACAACAUGGGUAACAAUUUUAAACAACGAAAUUACAUGCAAAUGGCCUGGGAAAAACAUCCGCAGGGCAAUCAACAAACGAACAGCCCCAUUAAGUUCUUGGGAAACUUGGAAUAUAAGAAACAUCUUUUUCCAAACUGAUGAAUAUCAGACUGCCGUAGAUUUCGCAAAAAGAAAAACAAAAACUGAUACAGAUACGUCAGUGCCAGAAACUGGCCGAAGCAAAAGGAGAGUAAAAAAGAAGAGCCAAAAUGAUUACACGAGCGACUUCAGCGAUAAUUCCCAAAAUCAUAGAAUGACACCACCUCCGAUGCUGUCUACCGUAUUUGAUCCUGCAAUCGAACGUAGACAAUCAAGUGAAGUUACAACACAAAAAUCUGCAAUUUAG